AUGGGAAUUCUUGAAAAGAUUGCUGAAAUUGAAAGAGAAAUAUCUCGUACUCAAAAAAAUAAAGCAACUGAAUAUCACCUUGGCUUAUUAAAAGCAAAACUAGCAAAAUAUAGAGUGCAGCUUUUGGAACCAUCAAAGGGCUCUAGUGCAAAAGGUGAAGGGUUCGAUGUUAUGAAAUCUGGGGAUGCACGAGUUGCAUUGAUUGGAUUUCCUUCAGUUGGUAAAUCAACUUUACUUAAUCGACUCACCAAGACUCAUUCUGAAGCUGGUGCAUAUGAAUUCACUACUUUAACAUGUAUCCCGGGCAAGAUUGAAUACAAUGGAGCAAAUAUUCAAUUACUUGAUUUACCUGGAAUUAUUGAAGGAGCUUCACAAGGUAAAGGUAGAGGAAGACAAGUAAUUGCUGUUGCAAGGACUGCAGAUUUAAUAUUGAUUAUGUUGGAUGCUACAAAAACCACACAACAAAAGAUGUUAUUAGAACGUGAAUUAGAAGCUGUGGGGAUUAGAUUAAAUAAAGAAAAACCAAAUGUUUAUUUCAAGGUUAAGAAAGGUGGUGGCAUUAGCUUUAAUGCCACUGUUAAAUUAAAUCAUUUAAAUGAAAAAAUGGUUUAUCAUAUUUUACAUGAUUACAAAAUCUUUAAUGCAGAAGUUUUGGUUAGAGAAGAUGUUACAGUAGAUGAAUUUAUUGAUGUGGUAUUGGGGAAUCAAUAUCCUGAUUUUGGGAGUGGUUUGAUUGUUAGGAGAGGUGCAACUGUUGAACAUGUGUGUCAUGUAAUUCAUCGUUCUUUAGUUGAUGAAUUCAAAUAUGCUUUGGUUUGGGGAAUUUCUACUAAACAUAAUCCACAAAAAGUGGGUUCAACACAUAUUGUAGAAAAUGAAGAUGUUAUUCAAGAAGAUUCUAAAGUCCAUAUUGAUACAAGAAUUAAUUCAAAACAUGCCAAACCAAAUAUAAAAAAUCAUAAAAGAAGAAGCAGAUUCUUUGAAGUUGAAGAUGCUUCACGACAAGUAAGUUCUAAGGCUAUAAAUUUCGACGUCGAGGAAGAACCAGAAUUGGAGGUAGCAACUUUUUUGAUUGUUUAG